AUGAGAAGGCAGGCUCGCUUUCUUUUCUCUCUCUGCUUAUGGGCUUCCUUACAAUAUAAGCAGAAUUAUCCAGCAAGAUUAAUGCCAGCCCACAGCCCAAACACAAGCAGCAGUCAGUCAAGUAAUCACAGCCAGUCUGGAGAACAGUUAAGCAAAACCAAUCUUUAUAUUCGUGGACUUGGCAAAAAUACAACCGACAAAGACCUCCUUGCUUUGUGUGAAAUAUAUGGGAAAAUUACUUCAACAAAAGCAAUAAUUGACAGCCAGCUCUCAACAUGCAAAGGCUACGGUUUUGUUGAUUUUGAAACUCCACAGGCUGCAGAGUAUGCUGUACAAGAAUUGCAAGCGUGUGGCUAUCAGGCACAAAUGGCAAAGCAACAAGAGCAGGAUCCAACCAAUUUGUAUAUUGCCAAUCUACCACCCUAUUUCACAGAGGAGCAUUUAGAAGAUAUGUUUAAAGAGUAUGGCACUGUUAUUUCUACCCGGAUUUUACGGAAACCAGAUGGCAUCAGUCGAGGUGUUGGAUUUGCUCGGAUGGAAAGCAAAGAAAAAUGUGAACAAAUUAUACAGAACUUCAACUCAAAGAUGCUUGCAGGUGGUAAAGAGCCUCUCUUAGUGAAAUUUGCUGAUGGUGGCAACAAGAAGAAGGCUCAAUAUCAACAAAAUCGCACCUGGCCAGAUAGGGGAGAAGCCAACAAUUACAGCUUUGUUACCGGAAUCCCUAUGGGAUAUGACCAGACAACAAUUGCUCAAAAUGGUCUUUAUCUGCCUUACAGUGUGGGGGCCAACCAAGCAGGGGGGGCUGCAGCUGUAGCAGCAGCAGCAGCCAUGAUCCCAACUGGUAUUGUGCCACGCUACUCCAUGUCAACCACUCCAGUCACCACCUAUCAAGUCCAGUCCAAUCCAGCCUGGAUGCAUCACCCCCAGUACAUCAUGCCACCCAUGGCACAUAUGAUCCCAACCACUGUUCACCCAGGGACUCACACACUUGAUCCCAACUCUGUUAUGCCAACUUUAACUGCACAAAUGGGACAAUUACAACUCUCCAAUACCUCGUAUGUUUCUGGACCUCAUGCAGCCUACACACAGAUUCCUUACCAUCAGGCGCAAGGAGGUACUGUUGUACAGACGGUUCCUGUUGAGGACCAAAGAAUCAAUUGCAUAACUUGA